AUGACUCCCGCAGUGAUUGACGGCUCUAAGACUGCCGAAAGUCCAAGUUUGGACUUUACAGGCGGUUUUGCUCAAAUCAUUGACGGCAAACUCUCCACAACAAAGGAAACCCGUCACGGCGUCAAUCCUGCCAAUUUGCAGCCAAAAGAAGAGGUUCCUGUCGCUACCCAGGAUGACCUUGAUCGUGCCGUUGAUGCGGCCCAGAAGGCUUUCAGAACUUGGUCAAAAGUCUCAUACGAAGACCGCCGUGGCGCUGUUCUUGCUUUUGCGGACGCCGUGGAGCAAGUCAAGACGGAUUUCAGAGACCUCCUCGUAUCCGAGCAGGGGAAGCCUGCAAGUCUCCCCAUCCCUCAAGCCCAUGCGGAAACCGAUGCUGCCAUCGCAUGGAUUCGAGGGCUAGCGCAUAUCGAGCUUCCCGAAGAUGUAAUCGAAGACGACGACAAGCGGACUGUCAUCACACGCUACAUCCCGAUUGGCGUUGUUGGUGCUAUUAUUCCGUGGAACUUCCCACUUCUAUUAGCGGCCAGCAAGAUCGCCCCGGCGUUGCUGACUGGGAAUGUGGUCAUCAUCAAACCUUCUCCAUUUACUCCCUAUUGCGGACUCAAACUCGUCGAGUUGGCCCAGCGGUUCUUCCCGGCCGGAGUCGUGCAGUCCUUGAGCGGAGAUGACAGGCUUGGUCCGUGGUUGACAAGUCACCCGGGCAUCGACAAGAUCAGCUUCACAGGAUCUACGACAACGGGUAAGCUGGUUCUUCAGAGCGCGGCAAAAACUCUGAAGCGAGUUACCCUUGAGCUGGGCGGCAACGACCCUGCUAUUAUCUUCCCCGAUGUUGACGUGGAUAAUGUUGCAGAGAAAGUCGCCUUCUUUGCCUUCCUUAACUCGGGCCAGAUCUGCAUUAACCUGAAACGCAUCUAUGUCCAUGAGUCUAUUUACGAACAGUUCAGAGAUGCCGUGGUCAAGCACGUCAAAAACUAUACUCUAGGGGAUGGAUCGCAAGAAGGGAUCAGCCAUGGACCCCUGCAGAAUUCUAUGCAGUACGAAAGAGUCAAGACGUUUUUCGAAGACAUCGAAAAACAGGGCUGGAAGGUUGCUACAGGCGGCAAGAUUGAUCCCUCUCCGGGAUACUUCAUCACUCCAACGGUCAUUGACAGGCCACCGGAGAAUUCUCGCAUUGUCGUUGAGGAGCCUUUUGGUCCAAUUGUCCCCCUUCUGUCCUGGAAGGAUGAAGAAGAUGUCAUUGCUCGAGCCAACGAUUCUUUGAUGGGACUGGGUGCUUCUGUAUGGUGUAACGACCUCAAGAAGGCGGAGAAGGUUGCGAGGGAGAUCCAGGCUGGAAGCGUGUGGAUCAAUACCCACUUCGAUCUUUCUCCCAUGGCACCUUUCGGCGGGCACAAGGAGAGUGGCGUGGGAGUCGAAUGGGGCACGAAUGGUUUGAAGGGGUUAUGCAAUGUGCAGACUCUCUUUCUUAACAAACACGUUGUUGCUUAA